AUGUGUUUGGCAACCAGUCCUCUAGAACGACCGCCAGUCGUGGGGAUAUACGGGGUUAGCGGGUCGGGGAAAUCGCACCUACUAGCACAACUAAAGCACGAAUUGAAGGACGACAGGUUCCUCUUUUGGGAAGGCUCAGAAGAAAUAGAUGCAGUUGUACCUGGUGGACUCGAGGCGUUCAAAGCGCUACAUCACAAUGAACAGGCAAGGUUCCGUGCUGCUGCUACGGAUCGAAUUCGGGAACAAUGCACAGAAAGCGGGUGUGUUGGGGUUGUCGCAGGCCACUUUAUGUUUUGGAACGAACAGGAGGAACAAGGGCAAGCUGUUUGGACCGAAUCGGAUCAGAACACAUUCACUCAUAUAGUGUACUUGGACAUUCCACCAUCGCAAAUCGACGACAUGCGACGGCAAGACGAGAGACGCGCACGCGAGUCUAUGUCUGUUCGCCACCUCGACCUCUGGAAACGGACAGAGGAAAAAUCUCUGCGUGCUCUGUGCGGUACGCACGGAAUCCUGUUUUCACGUGUCUUUCCAUACCCAGCACUGCUGCCGAAAGUCGCCGCUCUCAUCCGCGAUUUUCAGCGCCACACAGUGGAGCGCAACUUGAAAAGGGCAGAGGUCGCGGUGGAUGUCUUGGUUCAGGGGGCCAAGGCUCAACUUGAGUCUAUGCUAGUCAUCGACGGGGACAAGACACUGGCUCCGGAGGACACAGGAGAGUUGUUUUGGCACCGGAUCUGUACAGAUCGGUUGUCAUGGGACUUGCAAUGGAGCCCUUCCGCUGUCUUCAAGAGCCCACUGGGAUACUCUUAUGCCGCAUUUCGCCAAGUCAGUUUGCUGUACGAAGAGGCUGUCGAUGAGGAGGAGUUCGAGGAUGUGUGUGCCUAUGUGGCCGAGCAGGUUAACCCCUACCUGGAUUUCGUCUCCCUGUUGAAGAGAACUGUCGACCACGCUCACGUAGGCGCCGUGAUCGUGACGUGCGGGAUUGGUCGCAUAUGGGAGAAAGUCCUCGGAAUACAGGGUCUCUCUCACGAUAUCAAAGUGCUUGGAGCAGGACGCAUCUCGACAGACUUUGUCGUUACCCCGGCUGUGAAAGCAGCAAUUGUUGGCCGCCUUCGAGAUACGUACGGCUUGCAUGUUUCGGCUUUUGGAGACAGUCCAUUGGAUCUACCAAUGCUUAAAAUGGCUAACAAGGCCUUUGUUGUCGUGGGGACGGAAGAAGAGCGAAGCAAAUCAAUGGAGCAAAAGCUGAAGACCGCUAUUGAUGAGGAUGGCCUUCGAGCCUGCCAAAUUCUCCUUCCCGCUACGGCAGUACGUCGACUCGACUACUCAAGGCUACCUCCGGUAUCCCUUGCAGACUGGCGAUUGAUUGAGACGAUCUUCCGACGCCGAGCGAGCCUCACGGUCCUCCACGCAACCACCAAGAAUGCAGCCAGACUACUGAUGGCGCCGAUGAGGGACGCAAGACUUUCUGGACCGGAUCUGAGGGAGAGACAUCGCCAGUCUGGAUGGUACUUGGCAGUUGAGUACAUUUCGGCAAUUCUCGGGGUAGAGGAGUAUGGCAUGCCACACGUACAAGGACAUUCCAGCACAGGGCAUCGUCUUUCUCAAGAGGAACAGACGAUGAUUGUAGCACUGAUGCGCGGCGGUGAGCCCAUGGCCCUCGGAGUCAAUGCUGCGUUCCCACUGGCCAGUUUCGUACAUGCAAAGGCCCCAAACGACCUGAAGCCAGAGCACUUCGAAGGCCGGAAAGCUGUCGUGAUUGUGGACUCGGUGAUUAAUACUGGGAAAUCGGUAAAAGGCUUUGUAGACUAUAUCCACAAUUGCGGGUACAAUGUCCGUAUCAUUGUUGUGGCCGGUGUAGUGCAAGCUGAGGCUGUGUCUGAAGGAAGUUUGCUAUCAAAAUUGUCCCAGGAAGGAGAGAUCAAAUUUGUUGCGCUACGGAUAUCUGACAACAAGUUCAAAGGAUCUGGUUCAACUGAUACCGGUAAUCGGCUGUUCAACAAUACUUAUAUAUCUUGA